AAGGCAACGGGGAGACCUUGCUGCUUGUUUUUCCCCAGACACUCAAAAAGGAAAGAGAUGCAUGCAGGCCAAGGCUUUGCGUUGAUUUGUUUCUGGGUGGGACUGGUGCGGAGUGAAGAUGCAGGCCGGUGUGCGACUGUGCUGGACAUUGGGAGCUUGACUUCUGAGUUGUGCAGCCUGAGAGCCCGAGUGGAGCAGCUGGAGAAAGACCAGAGAGCUGUCCCAAGGGUGGCAUUUUCUGCAGCCCUAAGGGAAUCUGGAUCUGGGAACAUCGGACCUUUCCAGACAGACACAGCUCUCAAAUAUGCAAAGGUGUUUACCAACAUUGGUAGCAGCUACAACCCAUCAACAGGCAUCUUCACGGCCAUGGUGAAAGGGGUUUACUAUUUCAGAUUCACCGCUUUCAACAACAUAGACGGCACAGCCAACACCAACAUAGUCCUGAUGAAAAAUACGGAGAGGACGGUCUCCAUGUGGGACAAGGCGGGACAAGAUUUCAAUGACAGCGCCAGCACCGCUGUGGUUCUCCAGCUCGAGGUGGGGGACAAUGUCUAUGUCCAACUAAAGUCAGGCACCUACGUUUAUGAUGAUUUGGGAUUCUACAACUCCUUCAGUGGCUUCCUGCUGUUUCCCAUCACUGCUUAAAACCAGUUCAUCUAAUCCAGUCUUUCCCAAUCUGGUCCUCAAGAUCCCACAAACAGUCCACGUUUUUACUCCCUCCCAGCUCUGAACAGAGCAAAAAUGUGGACAGUCUGGCAAGGAGCUCAGAGGGAGCAAAAACAGGGACUGACUGUGCCAGACUGGGACCAAAUUGGGAAACACUGAUCUAAUGAAUGCUUCCUUAACGCAGUUGCAUUAAAAGACCUUCAAUAACCUUAGGAGUAUCUUCUUUGCUAAUGCCUUUACCUAUGUUGUAUGCAAAUGUACAGUGAUGGUCAAUGCUGAUCUUGAGAGAGAAAGAUAUGUGGGGAAAUGGUAAACGAUUCAAAUAAAAGCUUUGUAGAAGUA